CCGCCUCCACCGCCGCGGGUACAGAAAUAGAAAAAAGAGCUCCGGCUGCGGGAGAAAGAGCGCGAUACAUCGGCGGAGAGUUAUAAACCUGUCAGCCUGCUCCCGAGCUCCGAGCCCCGGGGAGACAAUCCACAUUCCGCCGGUGACCCUCCACCCUCCGCCUUCCGCCUGCCCGGCACCAGCACCGUCCCACGCCCGCAGAGAGAAAGAGAGAAAGAGAGAGGGAGGGUACCAAGCACCAAGCCGGGGCUCUGUCUAUCAAAACCCCCCCAUUAGUCUGAAAUCCUCACUUCCCGAGCCACAGGUUGUCCACCGCCGAGCUAGCUCGACCCGUACCGGCCGUGAGGGUGUCUCUUGGGGGGGAAUGGCAUUGGACUUCGCCGCGGGCUGCGUGGGAGGUGCUGCUGGUGUUUUAGUCGGGCAUCCAUUUGACACUGUGAAGGUGCGGCUUCAAGUUCAAAAUGUGGACAAACCUCUGUACCGUGGAACAAUCCACUGCUUCCAGUCCAUCAUACGCCAGGAGUCGACGCUCGGCCUGUACAAAGGCAUCGGCUCACCGAUGAUGGGUUUGGCCUUCAUCAACGCCAUAGUCUUUGGUGUCCAGGGCAACGCCAUGCGCAAGCUGGGCCGCGACACGCCGCUCAACCAGUUCCUGGCGGGAGCCUCAGCAGGAACCAUCCAGUGUGUCAUCUGCUGCCCGAUGGAGCUGGCCAAGACACGCAUGCAGCUGCAGGGGACUGGAGAGAAGAAGUCGAAGUCGAAGCUGUACAAGAACUCCCUGGACUGUCUGGUGAGAAUCUACAGGAGGGAGGGAAUCCGAGGGAUCAACCGCGGCAUGGUGACCACCCUGAUGCGCGAGACACCUGGUUUCGGCGUGUAUUUUCUCACGUACGACAUGUUGACACGUGCCCUGGACUGCGAGCCGGAACAACCGUACCUUAUCCCCAAGCUGCUGUUCGCCGGAGGAAUGUCGGGCAUCGCUUCCUGGAUCUCCACCUACCCCGUGGACGUGAUUAAGUCACGCCUCCAGGCGGACGGGGUGGGCGGAGUCUACAAGUACAGCGGCAUCAGAGACUGUGUGAGACAGAGCUUGAAGAAGGAGGGGUGGAGGGUGUUCACACGUGGGCUCACGUCCACUUUGCUCCGCGCGUUUCCGGUGAACGCCACCACGUUUGCCACCGUGACUCUAUUUCUAAUAUACAUGCGCGAGGGAGAAGAGUGUCGUAUCAAGGACCCGGAGCCCCAGUCCGUCCAGCUGCAGCCACAGACCCUGCCGACCAGCCUGUGAGCCACAUUUCAUCCGUCAAAUAUAGAUGGAACUGUCAGCUCCUCGCAGGUCUGAUCCCUCAGCUGGUUUCCAUAGCAACAAACAUGAACUGGUCCUAAGAACACAUCUGUGCACUGAGCUACUGCAAAGUGUCCACCUAGUAUUUAAUAAUAUAUAGUGUAUUUUAAGAUAAAAUCUGCACUUGUAAAUAAGGCCUCUUUUUAAAACAUCCUUGGAGUCUUGAGAGUCAGGAAACUCGACAGUUACAGAAUGGCGCUUACAGAUGUCCCAAAUAUUUUGAGUCAAGGAAACACUUUUCAUUUUGAUGCAGUGUUCAGGUCAAAAUUACUCAUACCUAGAUCUUAAUUCAACCACUGGUGUAAUAUUCCUCAUCUAUUUCGUCCAGGUCAAUUAGUCCCCUUUACUCUUUACACAUUUUUACAUUGUUUUCUAGUGGUUACAUGUACAUAGAGAGCUUAUACAUGUACAUAAAUGUAGAUAUUCUGAAGUUACAACUGCGUAUUUAGUUAAACUUUGCUAUGAAAUCAGAAGCCAUCUUUUUACAUCGGUUCUUUGUCUACUUUAAUAAUCUACCUUUUAGAUUCUGACAUUUUAUACAGAAAAUAUUAAGGGCUCUGACAAUGACUCACUGCAGUAUGACACAAACCGAGAAGAAGUCGGAUACAGAAUAAACGUGUAAUGUCUGUAAAAUGGUUAAUUAUUGGAAACAAUCUGCAGUUUUUGAAUCUUGUUACUUCGGAGAUUGUACCUUAUGGUAUGAUACUGUUAUACGGUUACAUUUUUGACAGUCAUAUUUGCAAGAAUCUGUGAUGAGCAAAAUGUUACAAUCCUUUAAAUUUUUAAGUUCCCCUUGAUUGGAGAUUGUUGUUUAUCAGGCGCCCUGUUGUCCACUAGGGGGUGGUGUCUACACACUAACCUGAGGCAGAGGAAUGGCCCCUGUAAGACUGAGCUCAGAAUUUCUGCCUAUUUUUUCUUUGUGUAUGAAAGUACAGUUUUACCACCUGUCAGCUAAAUUAUACUGAUCAAACACAUCCAGAGGAUAUGAAAUAGUCAAGUAUAAAUACAAUUCAUCUCGUGAACCUGAUUUUAAUCUUUUACCUCUGUCUGUAAAUUGAUGAACCUGUAACAUUAUUAUAACAUUUCACCCUCAGAGACUGUCACUUGUCAUUAACUUUUUAUCAUCUGCCACAAAACCAAAACAACUGAAGUCUAAAGCUUCAAGCACCAAGGACGGAACCAGACUCUUCUAAUGAUUCUGUUUUCUGUUGGCUUCUUCAACUAAGAUCUGUCCGAGACCCCUUUGCUUUCCUCUCCAUGUUAACCUACAGGACAAAGGGCACACACACACACAGUGUCCCUCGGUCAAGUGUGAACUCUGUGAACUACUCGGUAAACAGUUGCAAUACUGAAAAGUGAAAACGUCAUGCAGGUUAAAAAUGUCAAAUGAGACAAAUAAAAGACAAGCGGACAUCAUCCUGCCUACAGGUGGCGCCACACAGACCAGAACUGUAGCAGCUCUUACUCUUCCUGCACAUAUUCAUGUUCUCACUGGUCCUGUUGGAUCAAACUGCUCUGGAGUUGGUCAAAUAAUGUACAUACUGUGAAUUUGGCUUCUUUCUUUUCUCAUUAUCUCUUGGUUUUCAACUUUAGGUUUGAUUUUAUUUCCUUUUCUGUAUUUUUGUUUUAAGACUAAAUGUGUAUAUAUUUUGGGUUUGCCUGACUUUACUGGUGGAUGAUAUGAUUGCUGAUAUUUUUGUGAAAAGGCUGCUUUAAUUAUGCUCGUCUUGUACCAAAGCAGCAAGUUCUCUCUGUUGAAUGUUGGAAUAAAAGCCACUUUCCCCCUCA